AUGUCAACUGAAGCAGAUGUGCCGCUUAUCAAUUUCCCCUCUUCGGAAAAUUCUUUUACUAGAGCAUUUCUCGAAUUCGUCAAGAAUUACGAAGCUACACUUGCCUUUAUCGACCCUGUCACGGAGGAGAAGCUGUCGUUUUGGGAUCUAGAAAAGACAGUGAGCCAGAUAAGAUAUCAUCUAGACAAGAUGGAGCUGAGUAAGAGUAACAUUGUCGCUACACUUUGUGGGAACUCUAUUGACUUUAUUCUGAUGUGUUUGGCAGCAAUCGAUCUAGGGAUUGCCAUUGUUCCUAUCAAUCCUGCUUCUACAGUCUAUGAAAUCGAAAAGUACCUGGUUUCCUGUGAAAUUGACCAUGUGAUUAUUGAGAAAACUUAUGAGGACAAGAUGAAAAAAGCCCAAGGCAGGCAAGAAAAGUUCUCCAAAAUUCCCAUCAUAGUACUGAGUGACUUACGUGGACUACAAGAAGGAGAGAGAAUUCCCACCAAG